CUCCUCGGGCAUCGACUGCUUCGGCCUGGCUGAGGAGGAGUGCAGGGAGCCUAAGAAGCCCCUCAAACCCCAAAGCCAGCUCCAGCUCCAGCUGCUGCAGCCAGCCUUUGUUCCUCCCUGGCCUUGGCCUCCAUGGCUUUCCCUGCUGCCCAGGUGAUGUUUGAGGACGUGGCGGUCUAUUUUUCCCCAGCUGAGUGGGCAGAGCUGGCAGAAUGGCAGAAGGACCUGUAUCGAGCUGUUAUGGUGGAGAACUACGAGGCAGUGGCCUCCUUGGGGCAUCUGGCUGCCAAACCGGAGCUCAUCUUCAAGAUCGAGCAAGAAGACAACCCAUGCCUUCCGGAGACCCCAGAGACCCACAAGUGGAGGAGGCCCCCCAGCCCCUGGCUGGCAGGAGAUGGGAUCAGGAUGGAAGAUGAAGAAGAAAGCGAAGGGCCAGGAAUGAAACAGCUGCCUAUAGCACACCGAAAGAGGGGGAGGAAGUCCCGCCCUUCCGGAACGGAGAAGCCUGUGACGCGUGCCACAAAUGCCAUUCCCAAACCUCAGGACACUAGCCUCCCACGGAUGCCGCUGAAGGCGAACCCACCCAAAUGCCCCGAGUGCGGGAAGAGCUUCUUAAGCAACGUGGCCAUGACCAUCCACAUCCGGACACACACAGGCGAGCGCCCCUUCAAGUGCCACCUCUGCCCCAAGGGUUUUCCCUCCAUGGGAGACCUCAAGCGCCACAUCAAGACCCACUUGCGGAAGAAGGACCUCCCGCCAAGCAGUGCCAGCCCCAAGACCAAGAAAUGCCUCACCGCAAAGUUGCAGCUUCUGCGCCAGUUGGGGGCUGCCCCAGGCCCCAAGAAGCCCCACAUCUGCGACCAGUGCGGGAAGAGCUUCAGCAAGAAGCGGGACUUGCGGAAACACCACGGGAUCCACUCAACGGAGAGGCCCUUCUCCUGCCUGGAGUGUGGAAGAAGUUUCCGGCUGAAGCAGAUCCUGGUGGCCCACAUGAAGGUCCAUGCUGGGGAGCGGCCUUUCUCCUGCGAUCAGUGCGGGAAGCGCUUCAUCCAGAAGCACCACGUGGAGAGCCACCAGCGGGUCCACACAGGCGAGAAGCCCUUCGCCUGCACCACCUGCGGGAAGCGCUAUGCCCAGAAACAGCCCCUCAUCAGCCACUUGCGGGUCCACACUGGAGAGCGGCCCUACGCCUGUGGCGAGUGCGGGAAGACCUUCCGGAACCAGCCGACCUUGACCAUCCAUAACCGGAUGCACACUGGCGAGCGGCCCUAUCGCUGCUUGCUGUGCGGCAAGACCUGCAGCCAGAUGCAGCAUCUGAAGAGCCACCAGCGGGUCCACCGCGGAGAACAACAUCUCCUGGUAUCUGGUGACAUGAAAGCCCUGGCCUUGAAGAAAGCCCGGGAGAUGCAGGAGAAACCCUACCAGUGUCCCAAGUGCGAGAAACGCUUCCGGGACAAGAUGAUCAUGCAGACCCACCUGCAAACCCACGAGGAAAAGACUCCACUGAGAUGUGGGCCCAUUUCAAGCAAAGCAGGUCCUGGACUGAACAUGCCUCUUUCUGUCCAGACAGUAAUGCCCCUAUCACUAGACUCAAAAUCCUCUGGCAAAGGGACGGGUGCGAGACAGAAGCAUCAUCAGAAGCAGGUGUAACAGAGAUGCUGCAUUGGGCAAAUGUUCUGUCAACUGUACUGACUGCAGCUGGAAAUUCACACAGGUGAUAUAUCUCACCCUGCAUCAGAGGAGCCAUACAUGAGAGGACCCUGCUUCUGUUGGUGGAGAAGGACAUAGUGGUGCAUUUAAGGAAAUCCUUGUAGCCCUGGCAUUUUGUGUAGAGCUAAGUAAGUCCUCAAGUGCAUGAUGCAACGUUUCAGGUUACACAACUAUCUUAGAAUCGUAGAAUCAUAGAGGUGGAAGAGACUCAAGGGCCAUCUUCUUCUGACGAAGUGCAGAAAAGCCUUUAUAUCCAUUGCUGGCAAGAGAAAAGUACAGUCGGCCCUCCAUAUCCACAAAUUCUGCAUCCAUAAAUUCCAUCAUCCACGGCUUGAAAAUAUUCUGGGGGUUUUGGCCCAAGAAAGCAACCUUUCCAAGAACUGUGUCCGUUCUUUGUCUUCAGUGGAGUCAGUCCACAAGGUUUGAAGGAGCAUGUUGUGGCCUCCAGUCUAAUACAGAUGGCCCUCCAUAUCCACGGAUUUAUAAUCCAUGGAUUCAAGCAUCCACAUAUUGAAAAUAUUGCAAAAAGUAUAAAUUCCAAAAAGCUAGCAUUGAUUUUGCUAUUUUAUGUAAGGGACACCAUUUUACUAUGCCAUUGUAUUUAAUUGAACCUUACUAUCCACGGAUUUUAGUAUCCAUGGAGGGUCCUGGGACCAAACUGCAGCGGACUGAAUGUUUUGACCUAGGGCUUAUAAACUUAUUUUUUACCAUAAGCGCAUUUAAAUUUAUUUCCAAAUAAACACACAUACAUACUCAUAUAAAACCCUUCAUCCUGUGUUGGGAUUCCAGUUGAUCCAAACUCAAUAGAUUGACACCUUUUCUUUCCUCCUUCCACUCUUUUAAAAUUCUCUGGAUCUGGUAUGGCUACUAUGAACAGGGAAAUCUUCUAAGCUCUGGAACUAGCAAGGUUUCAUCCAGCAAUCCUGAAUUACUCUUACAAAAGGGUUUUUAUCGCAGACUGUCUUACAUGGAGAAAUGCCCUGCAGGAACAGAAAACAUGUAUGUUUGGUAGGAAAGAACAUGUAUGGAAAGAAAAAAGAGCAGCAUCCAGCUAGGUAGACUUUCUAGCCAAGAAACUGGGAAUUUGUGGCCUGGUGGUAUGGCUCCCAGCAUCCCCCCAUUGGCUAGGGCUGAUGGGAGCUGCAGUCCCUCACCUAUACCUGCUUUAGCCUCACUGAAAUGUAUUUUAAGAGGGCCAUUGGGUAGCUGAAGGCCUUACCCUCCAAAGACCCUGUAGUCAGUUGGCUUUUUAAAUUCCAUGUGGAAGUUGAUCAUUUGCAAGUGUGUCAGAGAGGCUUUUGUGAUAUUAUAAUCUGUGAUUAUAUAAAACCUUCUCUUUGCGAUGCUUCAAGGAAGUUUUGUCUUAUACUGCGAUAUGACCAUGCCUCCAAGAUGCCCAGUUUACAUUUUUCCAAAGGAUAAUUCGAGCAAAUCAGCACCCAUUAAUUCACAUUUUCUACAGCAAGAGAGGACAAAGUGCGGCCCCCAGGGAAUAAUCCCCCCCCCAAAAAAACUAAUUUGCCCCAAAUUCCUUCUCUAGGGGAUGAUAGCAUUUUUAUCACACUUUGUGGCUCUCUAGGACUACAUCUGCACUGGAGAAAUAAUGCAGUUUGACACUGCUUUAAUUGAAAAUGUCUCAGUGCUAUAGAUUUCUGGGAUCUUUGGUUAAUGAAGAAGAAAAUACUAACUAGGAGAGGCUGCAGCAUUUUGCUUUUGCUUGACCCUGCUGGGAAAGGCAAGGCCCCACUUACUCCUUUCCCCCUUGCUGGGUAAAGUGAGUGCAAAGCGCUGUGCUUUUUGCGUUUUAAACUCAGUUUGCAGCCAUUGAGAAAAGCCAGGAGAAAUUGAGAAAGUUGGAGGAGAAAGUAGGGCAUUUUAAAAGCAUUUUAAAAAGUGGGAAGACAAAAGAUUACCCAGGUCUGUUCCUGCCAAAUCAGGUCACUUGGUGGGUAUAUAUUUCCCUUUUUUUUGCAGCUUCUUUCAGCUCAGAGACACUGGGAAGAAGAACACAAUUCUGCAGUCAAACAUGGAUACACACACACACACAUACACACACCUCUGAUAGCUCUCUUAUCUAUAAUUUGGAAGGAAUGCAUUACAGAGAAUGUAGUUAACUGUAGCAUUUUGGGUCAUGAGAGUUUAAUGAAGUUACAUUUCAAGUGUAAAAUAAUAAAAGCAGAAUUGCUUUAUUGCUCUCAAAAAUAUGUUUACAGCCUUGGUUUAAACUGAGCGUUCUUUUCAAAGCUUUUACAUGAUGGUAAAAUAUCCUCUUGGACCUAAUAAAGCUAUCUGAACUUGC